CUUCUGGAUUUCUCAAAACUUUUGAUUGAUGGUGCUUAAAAGCAUGAACAAUUUUAAACUUGCACUCAACGAAUUGCUUUUUGGUUUCUACAUGUAUUUAUAAAUGAAAUCACCUCCCCGAUAUUUCUACAAAGAAUCAAUGGCGCUUUUAAGAUUAUGUGUUAUUUCAUUUCUUGGUUUUCUUUUGAUUAAUGGUGUUCAAGCAUGGAGCAAAGAGGGUCACGUCAUGACAUGCCAAAUAGCACAAGAUUUACUUUCACCCGACGCAGCACAUGUUGUACGGAUGUUGUUGCCUGAUUAUGUGAAGGGUAAUUUAUCGGCGUUGUGUGUGUGGCCGGACCAGAUCCGCCACUGGUAUCGCUACAGGUGGACUAGUCCUCUUCACUUCAUCGACACCCCUGAUGACGCUUGCUCCUUUGAUUAUUCAAGGGAUUGUCAUGAUACACAUGGAGGGAAGGAUAUGUGUGUUGCUGGAGCUAUAAAAAAUUUCACAACUCAACUCUCACAUUAUCACCACGGAACUUCCGAUCGACGAUAUAACAUGACCGAGGCUUUGUUAUUUGUAUCACACUUCAUGGGGGAUAUUCAUCAGCCAAUGCAUGUUGGAUUUACUAGCGAUGAAGGAGGAAAUACCAUUGAUUUACGAUGGUUCAGGCAUAAAUCUAAUUUGCACCAUGUAUGGGAUAGAGAGAUAAUUCUUACAGCUGCAUCACAAUUCUAUGACAAGGAUAUGGAGUCUCUACAAAAGGCCAUUCAAGCCAAUUUCACACAUGGAUUAUGGUCCGAUGAUGUGACUUCCUGGAAGGAUUGUGAUGAUAUUUCCACCUGUGUCAACAAGUAUGCAAAAGAAAGCAUUAAUUUGGCAUGUAAAUGGGGUUACAAAGGUGUUGAGGCUGGCGAAACUCUUUCAGAUGAUUACUUCGAAUCGAGAAUGCCUAUUGUGAUGAAGCGAAUUGCACAAGGAGGAGUACGGUUGUCGAUGAUUUUAAAUCGGGUUUUUGGGGGCUCAAAUACAAUGGAAGAUGAUGCAUUAGUUGCUACUUGAUUUAUUUACCCAAUUCAAACAUGUAUUAUUAAUCAACAUAGACAAUUUUUAUGUAUUCACUAACAUGUAAAUUUAACUAAGGUGAUUUAGAUCUAUAACGUCAUUUGACUUUAUAUAACCUAUAAUUUAUCUU